CCAUCCCCAACUCACUCACUAUCCCACUCUUUCAAACAGCUGAUUUCCAAGAAAGAAAGGGAUCAUUCGGAAGACAUGUUUAGCAUAUGAUAUAGAGAAGAGCGAUGGAAUCUAUCACAUAAGCAGCUCGUUUAAUCUCUCUUGGCACUUUUAGCUUUGGGUAUGAUAUGGCUAGCUUGUUAGCAAUUUAGCUAGCUGACAACUCCGACUAACGCAGCUAGCGAUGCAAACCUGACUUUCGUUGUGUAAAAUCAAAUAGGAUUUCCUCGCGCUGCGAACAACGUUUGCUGGCUUUUUUUUCCGUUCAUUUUCCUGGAAUCGUUUCGUCUACUGAAAGUGCUUUUGCUCAAAGCAAAUAUAUAGGGUCACGAUAGUCUACUAGCUAAAUACCGGCUAUCUAUAAGGGGCAUGGAACAGCUGGUUAGCAAUCGGGCUGAUGCCAGCUAGCUAACGUUCUACGACUCUUAAUUUCAUUGACCGACAUCUGAAGUGGAUGGAAUGGGCGUUUGCUACCUCUAUUUAGCUACCUCCGCAACACAGUGCAACUGGUUAGCUAUAUAAUAAGCUAGUGUAAUUACUCGGCUAACUAUAUGCAAACACAGGUGUGUCUACUUUUAAGGUUUAGCUAGCUAGUUCCUUAGUUAACUUCAACCAGACAAAGGUAGCUACAGUAGCUAGCUGAGCCCGGGCAAUAAACUAAUGUAGCGCGAGCUGGUAGCCAGGUAAUGUAACAUAGCAUUGUUAGCUAAGGGGAGACUUCUUUCUCGUCGUAAAAUUAGGCCACAAAACAAAGUACAAAUGUAUUGACAGUGACAGGCAUUGUUUCCCCCAACCAGACUUGCAUUGAUUGUGUGAUCACUGGCCAAUUAGAUAGCGAUUGUGCCUGUCUAUAUGACGUUAGCUCAGGAACACGCAUUGCUAAUUAUAUAUAUUUUUUGUCGUGACCUACCUACCUCACUGAAGCCAAUACUGGUGAUUCCACGACGAGUCUAAUAGCAAGCUAAACAGCACUGCUCCUGUUAUUACAUAACUUGCAAGAUAUCUGCCAACCAUAUCAGACAUUAUUUACAUUCAUAGUCAAUCAUGCCUGCAUAGAACAUUGAAGUGAGACUCUAGCAUCAUGUAUAUGUAAUGUAUGCAACGCUCAAAGUGAGUACGGUAUUAGACAUAGCUCCCAAAUGAAUUCUUCUGAUAGGGGUUUGAAAUAGAAUGGCAUUCCAUGGUACAGGCCGGCAGCAGACAGUAUGUGGUAACCUGUUCCCCGGAUCUGAGUUAGGCCAUAAGUAUUUUUGCGUCAACACCUCAACUGGAGCCACUUCCACGGGCCUCACUGCAACUCCGAGUCUAACUGGACCCACUGCCCCGGCGGGGACGCCACGACAUCCAACAUCUCUUGGGGGAAGCACCGGCGGCGGGGCCGCUGUACCACAGCCUCAUAGUAGUCCUGCCAGUGAAGUACCAAGCCCUGCUGAGAUGGAGCCUGAUCGACCUAUCGGUUAUGGCGCAUUUGGUGUGGUCUGGUCAGUGACAGACCCUCGUGACGGGCGUAAGGUAGCCCUGAAGAAGAUGCCCAAUGUCUUCCAGAACCUAGUCUCCUGUAAGAGGGUCUUCAGAGAGCUGAGGAUGCUCUGCUUCUUCAAGCACGACAACGUGUUGUCAGCGCUGGACAUUCUGCAGCCUCCACAGAUCGACUGCUUCGAGGAAAUCUACGUGAUCACUGAGCUGAUGCAGAGUGACCUCCACAAAGUCAUUGUGUCUCCCCAGCCCCUCACCACCGACCACAUCAAGGUGUUCCUCUACCAGAUCCUCAGAGGGCUGAAGUACCUGCAUUCUGCUGGCAUCCUGCACAGGGACAUCAAACCUGGGAACCUGUUAGUCAACAGCAACUGCCUGCUCAAGAUCUGUGACUUUGGGCUUGCACGUGUGGAGGAGCCGGACCCAUCUCGUCACAUGACCCAGGAGGUGGUGACUCAGUACUACCGGGCUCCUGAGGUGCUGAUGGGCAGCCGCCAUUACGGCUCUGCCAUAGACGUCUGGUCGGUGGGCUGCAUCUUCGCUGAACUACUGGGUCGACGCAUCCUGUUCCAGGCCCAGAGCCCCAUACAACAGUUGGAUCUGAUCACUGAUCUGCUGGGUACCCCUCCUCUCUCUGCCAUGGCAUCUGCCUGUGAGGGGGCCAGAGCUCACAUCCUGAGAGGACCUCACAAACCGCCGUCGCUCUCUGUGUUAUAUAUGCUGUCGGACGGGGCGACCCACGAGGCCGUGCACCUGUUGUGUCGUAUGCUGGUGUUUGAUCCGGCCAAACGGAUCUCAGGCAGCGACGCCCUCUCCCACCCCUACCUGGACGAGGGCCGUCUGCGCUACCACACGUGCAUGUGUCAGUGCUGCUACUCCGUGCCCAGCGGGCGUGUGUACACGCGUGACUUUGAACCGCCCGCCGACCGGAACUUCAGCCACAGCUACGAUAACAGCCUGCUCUCUGUCUGGCAGGGCAAAGAGCUCAUCCAUCGCUUCAUAACAGAGCACCAGCAGGGGAAACGAGUGCCGCUGUGCAUCAACCCCCAGAGUGCCGCCUUCAAGACCUUCAUCAGGUCUACUGCGUGGCAUUCCUCCAAAGUCUCCAGGAAGGAGGAGAGAUGAAGGGGAGUAUCGUUCAAGUACAAGAAGAAUCAUGGGAAAUUCAGUUUGAUAAAAAGAACAAGACUUGCUUUGGUCAAUAUAAUAGAGAUAGGUUUGGGUUUCUCUGGAUGGAGGGGAGGUGUGAAUGAAACAGUACGCCAGCCUCUCAGAGAAGAACCGUGUCUGUUGGAGGAAAUGCUCACUUUUACUAAAGACUACAUUUCCCUUCAAUGACAACUACAGUUCCCAACUAUGAAAACUACUAUUGACACUGGUGAAGACUUGACUACACCAAGGCUAUAGGCAUUUCCCCAAUGCUGAAAACUAAAAUGUGCUGCUGAAUUUUUAAAAAAGGAAUAAAGAGGAAAAGUGGUGAAGAGGGAAAUUAUUGGAAACAUUUAUUACUAGAAGAGUUGAAGUUGGUUGUGUUGUGUUGUGCUCCAAUCUGGUUUAAGGUGGAGACAAAGGAAUAGCUGUUUAAUUAAUUUAUGUUGAAUAAUUGUUCUGCUCUGUUCAUUUUUAAGUCAUUCCAGCCUCGUGCAAUAUGAUGAAAAGCAUCUAAGCAACGUGCUCCUGGCGAUACCAUACUCUCUUACCUGUGCUUUUAGUGACUUAGUCAUGUUAAUGUCACAUUGAUGACCCUACUUUAUCAUUGAUUCCAUUGAUUUGGUUUGAUAGUUUCACUGGGCCCAUUCUCAAUAUGUUCGGUAAACUGGUUUUAGAUCUGCGCCACAAUGCAACCUCUGGCCUUGAGGUUCACCCCGUGCUACUUUUGAAUCUUCCCUCCCAAUCUGCCCUCGUUCAUAAGAUCAAACCAUUUCCAAGACAACAAAUUGACCUGGUUCUUUGAUUGGGUGGGGCCACGGCUUCUGAGGCAGAUGGAGCCUCGCCCAUGUUUUUAAAAUCAUAUUAUUUUAUAUUUUAAUUUGUGUUUAUUUUUAGCUUCUCUGUGAGUGGCGGUUCGAGCUUGAGCACGUGUUGUGCCCAUGUACUGAGUAGUCAGCCCUUUCAGUAUGUGGUGUGUGUGUGUGUGCGCGCUCACAUGUGUCUGUGUGUAGAAUUUAAGGGAAAGUGCAGUUUUCUGCUUCAAUGAUUUCAUUACCUCAAAAACAGUUGGAGUCAAAAAGGGAACCCAGAGAGAGUCUACUGGGUGAAGUGUACAUAGACCCAACUCAACUGCUAAGCACUGUAACGUGAUGUCAUUCCUUUGUACUAAAUCGCUGUCCUUAACCUCUGUCGCUCCCUCUUAGAGAGAGGGAUGGAAGAUGAGGGACAGGUGGCAGGAAGAACAGCUUGUUGAAAUGUGUUGGUGAAAUGCUGCUGUGUUUUGUUUUUCCUUUGUUGGUUGUUGGUUUAUUUCCAGUUGAGUUCACGGCUCAGGUGUUCCGUUGCAAAGACUGUGGACCCGACCACACAAAUACACACCGAUAUUAUUCACCAAUAACAGUGUGCCUCAACUUUUUUUUUUUUCUCCACAAAGAGGAACCGCAAAACUCUGUGCGCUGAAGCUCUUGACUGGAGCUAGUACUAACUAAAAUGAGGCUCCUGAAGACGCUGCACUGUGCUAGUUGGCAUUGCCGUCAUGGCAGUGGUCAGGCCCUUGUCCCGCCACCUGAUGGUGCUAUUGGAAGUGUAGGCUAAGUGGUUGACGGGGAUUGCCAGAAUGUUUCACUUAAACAUGCAUGUCUGUAUUUAUGAUAUAUAAAGAUUUUCUAAAAAGGAAGAGGCUUUUGGAUUUGAAUGCAGUGCAAUGGGAGUUGUCGCCGUGGACAUACCUACCUUGUGGUGAUGUUAAUUAAUUAGAUUUUAGGAAAUAUGAUUAAUAUUUUUAUGUUUUGUGAUGUGAUCCAUUUAAGAGUUAUUUUUUGGUUUCACAACUUUGCUAUUGUCUUUAGUAGAAAGCCCAAGCAGGCUGAGUUUUAGAAGAGCUCACCAGGGUACAUCUCUUUCCCUCACACCCUCCUUUCUUCUCUCUAUCCCCCUCACACUGUCCUCUCGUCUCUGUUAGCCUUUUAUAGCAGAGUCUUUUUCAUUAGGCACCAAAAAAAUCAAACAGACUAAAACUGGGAGGGACUACUUGAACUUGUUCAAUAAGAAACUUGUUGCAAAAUGUUUUCCUACAGUGUGCACUAAGGAGAAUGACUCAGCUAUGCUUAAUGUAGAAGCCAAUAAGGACAUCCCGUUCCUCACUGGAGGAGCCUCCUCUGGCAGUUCAGUAGCUUAAAGCAGCUUCUUAUCCUCCCCUUCUUUCGUUCAUUGUGCUGAUAAGAGAAGACUGGUCAAAUCCCUAACAGAGAGAAGCACCGUUAGGGAUUUGCUUUCAGAUGUGCAGUUCACUUCAGAUCUAUGAUCCAUCCCAAUUGACACCCUAUUCCCUUUGUAGUGCACUACUAUUGAGGGUCUGGUCAAAGGUAGUGCACUAUAUAGGGAAUAGGGUGCCAUUUGGGACUCAUAUACUGAAGGAAAAGGAAGCGAGUCUUUAUCCUUUGUUCAUGAGCUCAAUAGGCACUGGAGAGAAGACUACACCUGGGGAUGUUGAUGUUAGAAAUGUUUCUGAUGACAAGAAGAAGAAAAAGUGAUACUUGUGUUGUUUUUUGGGGGGAUUAUUCUGAAUAUGAAACCCAUGUUGAAUACUGCUGUUUUGAAAAUGUUAAUUGUGUUGGUUGUUUUUUUUGUUGUCAUGUUUUAGGAAACGUUUUGGACUUGUGCUCCCAACAAAUACUUGAAUUUCUUAAGAAAACGACUAGAGUAAAGUAGUGAAUGAAUAAAUGGAUAGUCACUGGAUGAUA